AUGGAAGAAAUUGAGGUGAGAUGGUUGGGGGAUGGAACAAAUACAGUAAGCCAAAGAAUCUUUCUAGCUGAGCAGAGCCUACUAUGGUUCCGCCUUGAAUUCUAUCAGCAGUUCCAGGCCAUCAGAUUUGCUGUGGAAGAGAUCAACAAAAGCCCUGACCUUCUACCUAACAUUACCUUGGGUUUCUAUAUCUAUGACUCCUGUGCUGUUCUGCAGAGAGAGUUGGUGGGAACACUCUGGAUGCUCACUGGUCUGGACCGAGAGAUACCAAAUUACUGCUGCCAGGAAAAACCUGCUCUUACUGCUGUCAUCGGCCACUCAAUGUCCACCUACUCCAUCCUUAUGGCUCAAAUCUUGGGACUGUACAAGUUUCCACAGAUCAGCUACUUUUCUACCAGUUCUCUCUUGAGUGAAAAAACACAGUUUCCCAGCUUCUUUAGAACUGUCCCAAGUGAUGACUUUCAGUCCAGGGGGCUGGCUCAGAUGGUUUUGCAUUUUAAAUGGAAAUGGGUGGGACUCAUAGCUUAUAAUCAUGAUUAUGGCACUGAGGCAAUAGAGGUCAUCAAACGGAAGGUCAUGAAAGAAGGAGCUUGUGUGGCUUACACAGUGUAUAUUUCCAGCAACCUACUCUACCAAAAUCUACACACCAUUGUUAAAAUGAUAAAGGAGUCAAGUGCCAAUGUUAUAAUAGCCUUCUCAAUUGAUAUCUACUUAACUCCCCUCCUGAAUGAGAUGCUGAAACAAAAUGUAACUGGUAAAACGUUUGUUGCCAGCGAGGCUUGGUCCAUUUCAGACAUUUUAGCAGUGGAAAAAUAUUCUUCCUUACUCGCUGGAACUAUAGGUUUUGCAUUCUACAGCUCUACAAUUCCAGGGUUUCAAGAGUUCCUCAAUUCCAUUAAUGUCUACAAUACACCAGGAAUAUAUUGGACACAAAAGUUAUGGGAAGAAGCUUUUGGCUGCACAUUUAUUAACCAGAACAACCUUACUGAUACACUGAAUAAUUUUAAAAAACAAUGUACAGGAGAAGAAAAUCUAAAUUCUGUUCAGAACAACUAUAAUGAUGUGUCCAGAUUAAGAGCUUCCUAUAAUAUCUAUACUGCAGUGUAUGUGAUAGCAAAAGCUCUGCAUGACCUCAGUCAUUGCCAAGCCACAGAUGGACCAUUGGUUCAAGAUCAUUUUUCAGAUAGAGGACAUUUUGAACCAUGGCAGUUACUGGAAUAUUUUAAGAAUGUUCGAGUAAAACUAAAAAACAGUCGAGAAGUUUUCUUUGAUAAGGAUGGAAACCCACCAGCUGUGUAUGACAUAGUAAACUGGCAGCUAGGAUUGGAUAGAACCAGCAAGCAAGUUAAAGUGGGAAGCUACGACACUUUGAAUUCUUCUGGGGUCAUAUUCAGCAUCAACAAAAAGUUAAUGUGGGGGCCUACAGCUAAUCAGGAGAUUCCGAUAUCUGUUUGCAGUCAGACUUGUCCAGUGGGGUUCAAAAAGGCAAUAAUAGAAGGAGAGCCAGUGUGCUGUUAUAAUUGUGUUCCCUGUGCCCAAGGAGAGAUCUCAAGUCAGUCAGAUUCCAAUGAAUGCUGGAAGUGUCCCUGGGACAUGUGGCCAAACAGUAAAAGAGAAAGAUGCUUUCCAAAACCUAAUGAAUUCCUUUCCUACGAGGAUUACUUGGGGACCACCCUGGCAGCAAUCAGUACUUUAUCCUCUCUAGUUCCAAUUUCUGUCUUCAAACUUUUCAUUAAUUAUAAAUGCACCCCAAUUGUGAGAGCCAAUAACUAUUCUAUGAGCUGUAUUCUCUUAGUAUCCCUGUCUUUGUGUUUCCUCUGUGCUUUGGCUUUCAUUGGUUACCCCCAACCUGAGAUGUGCCUUCUACGUCAGGCUGCAUUUGGCCUCAUCUUUACCCUCUGUGUAUCCUGCAUUUUGGCCAAAACUAUUAUUGUUGUUUUUGCUUUCAUGGCCACUAAACCUGGGAGCAGCCUCAAAAAAUGGACAACGCCUCAAGUGCCCUACAUGAUCAUCACCAUUUGCACUUUCACACAACUCAUUCUAUGUGUUAUUUGGUUGUCUUUCUCGCCUCCUUUCCCACAAUACAAUAUUGAAGCCAAACCAGGUAUUAUUGUUGUAGAGUGCAAUGAAAAUUCUCCAUUUGCCUUUUGGUGCAUGCUGGGAUAUCUUGGAUUUUUAGCCUCUGUCAGUUUCACUGUAGCUUUCCUGGCCAGGAGGCUCCCUGACAACUUCAAUGAAGCCAAAUUAAUAACAUUCAGUAUGUUGGCCUUCCUCAGUGUCUGGGUGUACUUUAUUCCAGCCUCUCUCAGUUCCCAGGGCAAGUAUACUGUUGCCAUGGAGAUCUUUGCAAUUCUUACUUCCAGCUGGGCUCUUCUGCUCUGCAUAUUCUUCCCGAAAUGUUUCAUUAUAUUGUUCAGGCCCGCCAAGAACUCCAGAGAAAACUUUAUGCGUAAACAGGCUGGUACCACAUAA